UGGUUACUAGGUUGUCACUAGGUAAACACACCACACAACAAAACUAGGAAAGGCGGGAGGAGCUUGUUCACCACCUGACAUACUGCUGGACUGAUUAGAGCCAUGUAUGGUCCCGGGGUGAGAGUGGGUAACUGGCUGGAAACUGCCCUGUCCGAAGAGAUGCGUGUGAGUGAAAUGAAGAAGCGCAGGGAAAGCGGCAACCUGUUGCUGGACAGAACCCGUGCCGUGUACGACCGCUUCUACCAGGAGACGGUGUUGGGUCCUCCGCAGGAUGUGCUGGCCUUCGGUGCGUUGGUGCAGCUCCGGCCCGUGAAGAUCAACGUCUGCCGCCAGCAGGACAUAGAUCAGAACCUGGUCCUGUCGGUGGUCAUCACCCAGGAGGGCCUACACCGCAACUGCAACACCAUCAACGAGAUGUGCGACCUUUCGGUGGCACCUGCUCCACAUCCCUCGUUGCGCAGCAGCUUCAGGAUUGUCAGUCCGAACGACGAUGACCGCUCCGGUCAGUACUUGGCGUAUGGCGAGAAGUUCCGCCUCCAAACCCUGGAGCCCGCCGAUGAGCCCAUGUACUUGUUCAGCGGACCCAAGAGGCUGAACCUUUCGCUUCCCGUUGAGAAGGCCUUCUACACCACCAAACACGGCGAGGUUACACUUCCAUUGGGUUUGGUAUCGCACAAGAACUGCGGUCCAUCUGCCCGGGUGCCCUCUUCACACACUCACUUUUUUUGUGCCCACAAGGACCCCGAUCUGCGAUUCGAAAGCGAGGGCAAAACUAUACCAGUAAACUAUCCAUUGAUCAUUGUUCAUGCGGUUACCAAUCGAAAUCUGGCUGUGGAGAAUGUUGUGGCAAACACCCUGUUUGGUCCGGAGUUCCAGGUGUCCGUGCAGACCUACAAGAAUGUGUACAAACAGGAGACCUGGAAGAACCAGUGGAAGUUCACAUAUUGAUAUAGCUAGUCCCAUUUUGCGGUGUAUUUUCAGUUUUUGUAUUGCAUAUUAUUCAACUGGGGCGCAGCUCCUACCUGCUGUGGCAUUCAAACGACCCAAUCAAAUGAGCUGUUGCGAGUUCGCCUGUUUGUUAAGCAUGUCAAAAUAAAAGACGAGGAGAAGUUGUC